AUGGAUGCUUUCGGCGUACAAUCAUGCAAAGCGGCCGUAUUUGCUGAGCAGAGCGCAGUGUACAUACAUUGUUGUGAGGUUUAUUACGAAGUAUCUUUUACUGUGGCAACUUUGCAAUGUUUAAGGUUAAAUGCAGUGUUUUUGCGCAUCAGUUUUCUCGAAUCCCCAUCAGUGCGAAGAAUGUGCGUUAUCCCGAGGAGUGAAUUCGAUUCUCGAGAAACUUGCUGGCCUAAACUCGCCUUGUAUUGUCCAUGUGAAAUACUGUGUAGUGGUAAAGGUUGGUAUACAACUUUAUUUAAAUGUGUGUAAAAUCCUGCUAUUUGAUUUAUAUGCAUGCGCGUACAGGACUACAAGUCCUUAGCCAAGUCUCAAACAUGUCGUUUAAUUUUUAAUAGUUGGAUCCCAUAUAGCAAUAACUCCAGCUACAUCAACAGAUGUUGAGGAAUAUCCUCAGGCACCUUUGCUCGACCUCAAUGCUGAAUCUCUUCACUGCAAUUGUUCAAAAUUUCCCAAUGCAGACAAAAUUAUGAUAGUUUCUGAAGAUGACAGCCCUCGCCAUUUAACUCCUGACAGUGCUGAGCCUGAGGAAGCCAGCUUUGAGAGGGACAUAAACAAUACAGGUAUUUUUAUAAUACAUACGUCCAAAUACAUAUUCGUGUUGGUCAAAUGCUCUCAAAUUCAUGAUUUAUUCACCAUUUCCAAUAAAAAUCAAGAGUUUAUAUGAAAGGGCAAUUGACACUCGACUUGUUGUUCAUUUACUAAGAGAGGAAUUAGGGAAUUGUUUAUAAUUAUAAGGGCUGGCUCGUCUUACCUGAUCACGAGGGGCUAGACCAUCCAUACAUUUAUAAAACAAUUACACUUCAUACGUACUGUAAGGCCACAUAAAAUAAAUUCCUUGAUUCUCAUCACCGCCCGACUGUAUUUUAAGAGCCGCGUGAAAUUUUUUUAUAUUUUGUUAUACAAUAUAUAUGAACCUCCCGACAAAAUAUUUCAAGAUAGUUAGGUUUUUGUAUUUAAAAUUGGGUUUUUAGUGCCAUUUUAAACUGCCAAUUUCAAACAAAUAGAACCUUGAAAGAAAUUUCAUUGCAUUUUAACGGAACUUCGCAUUCAGUUCAAAGGUUCAGUCAUUGUUCGUGGAGAAAUAUGUUCAUUUUGGUUUGUGACACUUCACUUUGGAAAUCACAGAAAAAUUAAAUGUUAGGAAUUAUUUUUCUAUUUAUUGAUGAUAAAUUAUAUAAAUAUUAAAUAUAAAAUAUAAACCUCCCGGCUCUUCGACAUUUUCAAAGUCUAGUGAUGAGCAUCAAGGAAUUUAUUUUAUGUGGCCUAAGACAGGUCAGCCUGUCCACCUUCAUGACUAACUGAUUUUUCAAUGUAAAGUGACCAACUUGGGCUUGCAAGAAACAUAUUUUAUACAUGUAUCAAUAUCUAUCUGAAUUGUUAUGAUUUUUUGUAAAUUUGCUCCAUAUAAAUCAUUAAUUAGACUUUAAUGUCAAACCUAACACUAUAUUAUUUUAAUUAAACUCAUAAACAAGUUAUUCCCACAAAAUUGACCUUGCCAAUUAUUCUCUUUUACCCAAAUGAAUGGCUUCUUUUCCAUGUCAACUUAUUUUAGCAUAUGUCAGGGGCAGAUUAAUUAAAUUCACAUUUUUUCAUGGAUGAAUUUGUUUCUUGCUGUUCUUAGGCUUAAUAACAAAGUAAUUUACAGCCUGUUCAUACAAAAUCGUUAUUUUCUCACAAAAGUUUCACCUACAUCUUUUCCUCAGUCAUUUAGCUACUGGAUAUGAUAAAAUAGUACUGAACAAAAUUGGAAAUUCUAACAUUCCUAAAUUUUUUUUAGGUCUUCAACCUGAUCACCAUGAAUCCGAUGAUGCUUCAGAUGAAUGGUUUAGAAAUGAAUCUGAAGGGAAUGCAUGGCUUGGUGUUGUUAACUAA